AUGGCGCUUUCGGCUGAUAAAUGCAAUGAUUCUAGUGAAGGGUGCUACACCUUUUACCUCAAAAUAAAAAAAGGUAAUCCCAGACUGUACUUCUCAAGUGGAAAAGAAACGAAUAGAAAUGGAGAGACGAUGGAAGAAUUUAUCGACCUGGAUGAGAUGUUUGGUUACCAUGUAGCAGAUAAGAAGGAGAUUCCCCUCGGACACGAUCAACUGGAGAUAAAAAUAACAGCACGUCCUGCCACUCCAGGACCAACAUCCACAACCACAGCACAAACUAAUGACGUCAUCACAGAUACUGAUGACGAAGAUAAUGAAGCCAUAUCCGGUGCUGGAUCUGGUUCUGGUAUGGAUGAAGAUGAAAGCGAGGCGAAAAACAACGAAACCAGCCUUACAUUUUUAGAUUCGGAAGGUGUUCAGUUGAACAGUGGCGAAGGUAAAAUUCAUGAAUCAGAAGAUUUUAUCUUAACAGGAACAACACUGCCAUCAAAAGCUACAACUCGUGUUUCAACAAAAGCCACAGAUGCUGCACCAACUAAGAAACCGGAAGCAGUACAUGACCGUCAAGAUAAUGAAGAGGGUGCUGCGGAUGGUGAUAUUGUCAACUGGGUUCUGCCAGAUUUCUUCCAAUCAUGUAUAAAUCCCAAUCAUUUAAGCAGCGAAAUUGUUGCUGUUGAUAUGCUUUCUCAUUUGAAACAUCCACGUGUCAACUGUUUUGCGCCUGACACGGAGUUAAAUCUAUUUGUUAACUAUAAUCCUUCAAAUGUACAUAAUCCACUUCCAGAAGAGGGUCGGGAUGAUGAUGAAGAUGAAGAUGACGAUAUGGCGGAUGGUGAGGAGAUGAUGAAGAUAGAUGGUGGAGAACAGAAACUUGUUACUACCACUCUACCACCCACAUAUAAACCAGAAAUACCAGAUAUAUUUGUACCACCCUAUCUACCAGUUGAAGCAACGGAUCCCUGCCAGAAAACAGAAUGUUAUUUUGGAGCUGUUUGUAAAUCUCGAGAUCUGGAUCACAUCACCUGUAGCUGUGAGUUCAACUGCACCAAAGAAGACCUAAUAGAUAUAUGUGGAACCGAUGGUGUUCUGUACCCUAACGAUUGCUUCAGACGCUUGGCUUCAUGUCAACAACAAAGGACCAUUGACACUGCAGAGUUGAAAUCUUGUCCAGAUUACAGUUUAAAACACCCCGAUUUACCAACUUGUCAACUCGUUGAUGCACCACGCUGGGGCAAAUGGUCGCAGUGGAUCCGACAUGGCGAUGUGGAUAUACGACUAAGAUCCUGUGAGGUAUCAGGUUUCGUAACUACGGGUCAUUCAGCUUGUGAAGGUUCAAGAGUAGAAGCUAAAGCCUGUAAGCUGAAACAGAUUGGUAAAUGUAGAAAUGACAUCGGUAAUGAAACUAGUCAGAUGAAGUUUGCUUGUGAUGGUAUUGAUGUUAAAGAUACAAUUAAUGCUGAUUUGACAUUUGGUCUGGUGGCUCAUGAAGACGAAUGUUUAUACUCGCUGUAUGAUCUAACCAGGAAGAAGAUGGUGUUUACUGGCUGGAACAUCAGUCGAGUCGUCAACCAGGGCAGCUUGAGAAGAUGGUGCAACAAACCAGAGCUAUACAUUAUGUCCCAUACUUCCCUUCACAGCUGUAAGAAGAGUCUGAAAAACCUGUGCAAGCAGUCCAGAAAAUGUAAACGGGGUGAAGAUCAGGGCAAGAAGAGCUUGGCAGAUUAUGCCCAUGGAUGUUGGAGAAGUUUCUUAGUUGGAAAUCGAAUUCCUGCUGGUCUGUCCGAGUUCGAAUCCCGAUUCUCCUUCAUCUGUCAAAGGUUUGCCCUUGAUAGUAGUCUUGGCAAAGUGUUUGGACAUAAAGAGAGUUAUUAUGGAACCAUCUAUGAUAUAAAAUCCCGUAUACCAGUGGUGUCAGUGGCGGCUAUCAAGAAUCUAGGAGAUGAUAUGUGGCCUGAUGCUCCUUAUAUGAUUGAGCAUGGUUUAUUUGAAGAAGAUGCUUCAUUUUUCUGGUUAUUCAAAAAUCAAAAGAAAGGAAUGAUGUCGAUGACGGAUCUGAAGCGAUGUGAAACGGAUUGGCAGUGUGAAUUAGGAAAGAAGCAAGCACUUCCGGUCGACUUCGAGCAUUCUGGUUACCGAAUGGCUCCUUUGAUUUGGCCAGAGUUGAUCAGUGGAGACCUGGAUGCUAAGAUUUCUACUUUCGCGUUAACAAAUAUCGCUCCAAUGCAUCCUUCGCUGUACCCCUCAUGGAGAAAUGCCAUUAAGGAAAUUCGAAGAUACGCGAUAGAACACUGCGAAAUUCCACCUAGCAACCAACCGACAAAUCAUGCCACGACUGCGUCGACUCUUCACAUUGCUUCCGGUGUAGUCGCAUCAAAUGAUCCAGAGGAAACAAUUGGAAAUGAUAUCAAUGUUCCGUAUUUAUUUUGGAUGGCUGGUUGCUGCGUUCGAGACAAGGAUGUCAAAUCGUUUGCUAUUUAUGCUCGAAAUAUCGCCGAAACUCGUGUUAUCUCGUCUUCGGUGUUACAACUCGAGACUUUGCUUCAGGACAUAUAUAGAGUGAAACCAAGUCGUAUUGGACCUAAAAUAUUCCCCGGAAAUGACGGAGCGUGUGGUUACAUGAAGUUUGAUGAUUCAGACAAUCUUAUUUUAUAGUUCCAUUGACAUAAUUUGUGUUUACUUCAGUCGUUAAACACCGAUUUCCAGGGAUAAUUAUGGCAUUUAGACUUUCGUCAAAAUUUUUUAAUCGAGGAUUCUAAGGAAAUCAGAAACAUUUCACAUUUUAAUUGAUGAUUAUAGGAAUUAAUUCAACAGUUCUUUAGGCGAGGUGAAGUAUGUAUUCAGAGGAGGUAAUCGAGUAUCAUAGCAGACAACUAAGUGGUGUAACUAUUGGAAUCAGAAAGAAUUCACCUCUCAGAUCAAAACCAAUUAUCCAGGCAGAAAAGUAAGGGAUGUAACUCUGCAUCAACAGCUUUAUCUAUAAAGAUAAAAUACACGUGACUAGAAGUUGUAAUAAGUAUAUACCCCGGGUGUUGAACUAUUAAAAUCUCAAAUCAAUGGUGAUGGUAAACUUAUUUGUCGAGGUAGACAAUGCUGAUCAAAGAAACUGACGUGCCGCUUCAAAUGUGAAUGCAUAGAACAAGAAUGGUAUGCCAUUUCGCUAGAGUUUUCGAUUUAAACAAUCUGUUUGUCAUCUUUUUGUAAGAAUAGGAUCACAUUUAUGUAUAUGUAUCUAUUGACUCCAUUACUUUGAUGUUUAGUACACAUUGCACCAACAUAGGUAAAUCAUGAAAUGUGUUCAUUGAAACUCUGCUAGCGUAGAUUUGAUACAAACCUAUGUACAAUUUGAAGAUAACUCGCUUUCUGAGGUAAACAUUCUCACAAAAACAACAUGUAAGAAAUAAUAUUUAUGAGUUCUGUUCGAAUCUGCAUUUCGGGACGGUGAAAGAACAAGGGGCGAUAACCGCCUUCUACACACGUUUGUUGAAGGUUCACAAAUUCACAGUUUAAUUCUUAUAUAUGUACUAGUGUAUUUAUUAUUUAUUUAAAUCGUGUAUAAAUAUAAUGCUAGUGAGUGAAAUCAGAAAGACAAGAACAAAUGAAUAAUGAUGUACGACAACGAGCAAAUGGAUCAACAAGAGUUAUCUCCCUUUACAUAAAGAAAAGGGAAGUAAUUCACAAUGUUGAUCCGGUAGGAUUUAGUGGUAAAUGUAUAUAUGUAUAUAAUACUUAUUUGUCAUUUAUAGUGAAAUUAUCCAAUCAAGCACGCAUUAUGGUCUGAAAUUUGAGUGUUCAACCGUUUUAGAAUGUUUUCAUAGGCCUACAUUAUGAGAACAUUCCUGCUUACUUCAUUUCUCAGAUGCCAAAUCAGGUUAUUUAGAAUCAAAUGUAGAAUUGAUAAUUAAUCAUAUAAGCUUUCUUUCACGAGAAUACGUACCCAACGUAAUCAAUAAUUAGAUAAGGCCGUGAGGCCUUUUCAAAAUAGAAACUUUUAACGGCACUUUUUAGUACGAGAGGAGUUCAUAUUUACAAAACAAAAUGUAAAAUUGACUUGGUGCAAGUGUGUAGAUUGGUUGGUUUGAAAAUCACGGUAUAAAUCGGUCCCAAGUAGGAAUAAAGGAAUAUUUAAUAGUACGGACGCGUUGAAGAUCCUACGUAAGAGAAGAUAAUUCAGUCAGGUUUCAGACCACAUCUAUUUAGCUGCUGUCACUAAUUGCUACUGAAAUUGUUAUACUAUUUUAGCUAUUUGUUGUUUUAUUUCUAAAUAAAGGUGAUAAUAGAAUACUCAUUACUCAGCUCUGUUUGUUACAUUGUACGGCUUUCAAUAAAAUUGUCACAAAAAUUAA